AUGGCCCAGGAGGAGCUGGAGGUGGUUAGUGUCUAUAAGACGCUAAUCGAAAGCCUGUUGGACCGCGCCGCGCAGGCCAAGCCCGACAAACAAAUCGAACCCCCGUUGACCGAAGCACACCUAGGCGAGGCCAUUUGGCAGGUUUCAAAGGAACAUGAAGGAACAGUGUCGCAGUUGAGCCAGCAAACUCAGUUCGCAGCGGCAGAGAUUGCUUUCAGAGAGAAGUUCUACCAUAUUUUGGCAAGCACUUCCAUAAAUGAUCCGAGUUUUAUUGACAUGUGGAACCUACUCGACAUAGUGUCCAUCGUCUCCGACAAUGAACAAUGCGAGCCUGGCUUGAUAUUCUGGCUCAUCGAAGAGCUGCUGGACAGCCAAACAAUAGAUGGAUGCCGCAAGGUCUUCGAUUACCUUGAAUCACGCCGUGAGCGUAAUAUUCGAAAGCACUUCAAGCAAAAGAAUUUGAUCAUCCUACGGUCAUGCAAUGAACUCCUCCGCAGACUUUCACGAGCCGAGGACACAGUGUUCUGCGGUCGGGUGUUCAUCUUUCUCUUCCAAAGCUUCCCCCUCGGAGACAAGAGUUCAGUCAACUUGCGUGGCGAAUUUCACACAGAAAAUGUUACUACCUUUGAUGACAUACCGAAGCCAGCCCCAUCGAAUGAAGAAGAUACGACUAUGGCUGAAGGUAAUGAGGAACCCCCCGCGACAGGAAAAAGAGAGGAGGAGUCCCCUAAGACUGGGGACCAGGGAUCCCGGCCGCAAACACCCAAGGUGGUUGUCUCCAAUGACAGCAAAAAAGCGGCGCCUGCCGAAAAGGUCGAUCUUGGAGAGUUAUACCCCUUAUUCUGGGGGCUACAGGCCUACUUCUCCAACCCAACGAAGACCUUCGAUUCGGAACAAUUCGCAUCUUUCAAAGCAGCUAUCGAAGCAACGCUGAAUGCAUUUAAAAACAUCAAUACGGACAACAGAACUGUUUCACGCCAGACGGAGGAAGAGCGCAAUUCUCACAAACGAAAGCACGUGUCUGACGAGGCAGAGAUUGGCACCAGCUUCAACCCCAAAUACCUAACCAGCCGGGAUCUUUUCGACUUGGAAGUCAGCGACGAAGCAUUUCGCCGACAUGUCCUUGUCCAGGCAUUGAUUCUGUUUGACUUCCUUUUAUCCUUGAAUCCUAAAGCCAAAGCACGUCUUACCGACCUGACUAACAGGUCGGUGCUCUACGGCUUUACACUAAAUGAAGAAGAUACCAAAUGGGUGACGGCCAUGCGCAAAAGGAUCGAAGGGUACCUACAGGAAGGAGUCAGCGGCAAGUUCUAUUACCGAAUGGUCGAUACGGUCCUAUCUCGGGACAAGAACUGGGUACGCUGGAAGGCCGAAGGAUGUCCACCGAUUGAACGUCCAGCUGUCUCUGUUCCCGAUUCUAUGCAGGCACGAAAGGAGGCCAGUAAACUAUAUGCCAACAAACGUCUUCGCCCCACGCCUAUGGGAGCACUCGACCUGAGCUUCCUAUCUGAGAGCGCGGCACAGGCGAAUUUCGAGCGGCUUAAAGAGCAAGAUCGCUACACCAUUCCAGCGGCCAAAACAUACAUGGGCAAAAUACUAGACAGUGAGAUGGAUAUUGACAUGGCGUCAAACCAAGAUGAGAAGGAUGAAGCCGUGAGAUCCAAGACCAGCCAAACCUGGCGCAUUCUUCGCUUGUCUGCGAAAACAAAACUAGCCGCAUUCGACAAGAUCGAAGAUGGCAACAAGCUCGAAGUUUUGCUCGAAGCCCCAGCCGCGGCAGUGGAAAGUCCAGGAGAGGCGGAGGAUACCGAAGACGCCAAGGACAUACCGCAGGGGGUCGAAGAAGCACCCAACGGACCUCUUGAUAACGAAGUUCUCCCCGAUGCCGCCAAGAAGGAAUCGACUGCCGCUAACGAGGAGAGUACGACAACAGACCAGGGUCCUUUGAACUCAACUGCCAAUACCGGAGAAGAAAUCACAAGCCCCGAGGCAGCCACCUGA